CUCAUCCGAAAUCCAGGAUCCCAGUCGCGAGCGCGCCGCCGGUACAGGCCAUUCGCAGGACGCGGAGGAGAGAGCACGGUCGCCGACCUGGCCGCCCGGCGAGGUGCGCACUCCGCCCACACUCUCUCUCUCUCUCCCGUUCGGGAGCCAACAAGUCAGCAUCCACGAGGUCCGACGUCGCGAGGUACCGGCCGGCAGCUUUCGUUGUACGUGCGUGCGGUGUAGCUCUUUGCUCGUUGUUCCGCGUUCGGCGUACGUACGCAUUCUUCGAUCGUUGGCUACGUAGAUCCUUCGCGUUGAUCCCGGUCGUCCCUAGCGCGCGUGUCCGUCGGCCUUGUUAAUCCGCGCGUCCGCGCCCGGUCACGCUGGAUCCCGUGUGCACCGAGGCCCUGACGCGACCACGAUCGGCCAUGGAUCGCUCGGCGAUUUUCUGACGGUCCCGCGAAAGAAGCGUGUGCGCGGACGGUACCUCCUUCUCGAGGUGAUCGAGCUCGGCUGGAGAGAGAGAGAGAGAGAGAUAGAGAGAGAGAAAGAGAGAGAGAGGGAGAGAGAGAGAGAGAAUUCGCCGCCCGGCGACUGCGAGUGCGUGAGAUCGAGAUAUCGGUAGGAUCGAAAAGAAGAGAAAAAAAGAGAGAGAGAGAGAGAGAGAGAGAGGGGAGGAAACAGAGGGAGAAGAAAACAGAUUGAAUUUCGGCUGCGACGAACACCCCCCGGUUGACUUCCGGCCGCGAUCGAGCCGGCGCGGAUGAGAUCCAGAGCGUUUCCGGUGUAUCACGAAGAGCGCGACGCGACGUGGGCAAGCCGGAUAGGCGAUUGGUCCUCCUAACGUCACGGGAGAAGAGCCGGGCGUCUCGACGGAUCGUACGCCCAGUUCACCGCCCUUGUGAUUUUAAUUAACUCAUUAGUCACGCGUCUCGCCAGUCGAGCUCGACUUUAAUCUGCACAUUAACUUGGGCGUCGGAUUCUCGUUGUGCGACGCGCAACAUUGGUCAAGGAGGACGGUUCCCACGUUACGAGGCAUUAGGACACAUCGCUAUGUAAGAUGAUCCCCCACGGCGCGAUCUGUUGACGAAGUAUGGGUUGGUUCCUUCUUGUCGGUGUUUUGUUACUCUCCUUAUGCGGGUGCUGCGAAAACGUCAAUCGCAUAUUUCGCAAGUCUGAGGCAGCGGGAGCACCGUUGCCGCAGAGCGGUGCUGGAACAGGGACCCACGGUCAGCCGCAAGCCGGUCCACCGAGCACCCCGAGCCCCGGCAGCGGCGGCGGCGGCGGCGGUGGUGCUUUCGGUGGCGGCGGCGGCGGUGUCGGAGGCGGCGGUGCUACCAGUUUUUCGACUGGCGUUGCCGGAGUCCCGUCCUUCGGCCUCGGCGUGACCGGUGGGGCUACCACCGCCGGUGGUGGCUCGACCGGUGGCGGUGCCGGGGGUGGUGCUGCCGCCUCCGGUACCGGCUGGUCCUCGGGACCAGUUCGCCGAGGUCGAGGUUGGCGCGAUUGGCGCCGCGGUGACCCCACUCUCAUCAAGGGCUUGUGGAAGUCGAAGGGUCCGCUAGAUUCGCUAGGGAAGGCGGAGAUCUACAUCAUCGUGGCCCUGUUGAUCGGCUUCGUCACGGUGGUGAUCGGCUGCUGGCUGUCCGACAACUGCUGGUCACCCGAGCCGGAGGGAGUGGUCACCCUCGCAUAGCCUAGUGCCGACUUCCGUUCCUCUAGGCGAUAA